AUGAGAAAAAAACCCAAUUCACAUGUUCAAAGUUUAAAGUUUAAAACUAAAUUAGCUCACCCAUUACUGUGGAGUGUGGAGUGGCCUCCAGCACCUCAGAACUCCAGGAACUCUCGAGGUCUCCUAGCAGGUGCUACCUUCAGCAGCCUGUGUUGGAGGCUAGAGACUGCCUGCAGCUUCCUGGGGGUACUUCUCUCUCUGACCUGGGAGUACUCAGGCUUGGGAGGUCCUAUAGACCCUAAAGACCACGUGGACUCUGGGGGCACUCCAGUGUCGAAACAGAAGUCAGGACAGAUGUCGGGAAUCAGGUCAAUAUUGUCGGAGUCAUGGGCAGUCAUACAGGAACUCCCCAAUGGACCUACAACCACUACUACUACUACAGUUGAAGUACAAAUACAUAGUGUAGUGCUAAAAGUGAAGCACGUAUUUCCGAACGAUGAAAUCAAACUACAACUGAUGCAACCCAUCAAAAAUGAUACACCUAUACUGAUUCCAUUCAGGAAAUGGGACCUCAGCCAAUUGCCUGCUCUUACAAACGGCGCAAAAAGUGAAAUUUGGGCAGUCAAAACGAGCGCUUCGGUGGAACGUCCUCGGUACGUUAUUGUGUGCUUCCAGAAAUCUAAACGUGACAAUGCAGAAGCUGAUGCUACCCACUUUGAUAACACGAGCAUAGUUAGUAUCAGAUUAGCCCUUAAUGGUGAAUAUUGGCCUAAUGAGAGAAUGCAGCUGGAUUUCGCUAAACAAGACUACACCCUUGCUUACUACAACUAUACCAGGUUCUAUUCGAGCUAUUCACAUUCGACGGAGGUUCACCCAAUCUUGGAUUAUGGGGAAUUCAAACAGCAUGCAUUAUUUGUGAUUGAUUGCUCGAGGCAGGAAGAGACCAUGAAAUCAUCGACAGUUGAUAUAAAGCUUGAAAUCGAAGCCGAUAAAGGAUUCCCUGCUGACACCAAAGCCUAUUGCAUCAUCGUACAUGACUGUCUGCUAGAGUACUUCCCUCUAACGGAAGUCGUCAGAACCUUGAUUUGA